UGUGUCGGCAAGCACCAAUAGUAGUGGAGGGCUCGUCACCACCACUCUACCCAGCACAGCACCACACCAGUACACCAGUACCACUCUACCAGCACCAGCACCAGUCCAGUACACGUCUGUCUGUUGCAGGGAUGGCCUCACUGUACUGGCGAGACUAGCACUUCACUACACACCAGUCUAACCUAACCUCCACAUCGUACUGUGGUACUGUGCAGUGUAAGUGUACGUUAGUGUUCGCGAUGAUGCUCCGUGUAUCACUCUUCCUCGCACUCGUUAUCGUGGCCGCAACCCCCGCAGAAUCCGAAAGACUCCCCCCUACAUGUCAAAGUGACAUAUACUGCUACGGAUCGUUACUACAUGUCGUUCAGAUGGCUUCAAUUUAUCACGACUCUAAAACCUUUGUCGACAUGAAGAUGAAAUACAAAUCCAACGAAACCAUAAGACUAUUUGAAGAGAUGAUGAAGAGGACAGACCAAAGGCCAACGAAGCUUGAUGUGGAGAUAUUUGUAAACGAAACCUUUGACCCGGCAGGAAGUGAGUUCGAGGAGUGGACACCAACAGACUGGAUACAAGAACCCAGGUUCCUAGAGAAGAUUCUGGACCCGGAUCUUCGCCACUGGGGCAGUCAAUUAAAUGUGCUCUGGACUAUUUUAGGCCGUAAGAUGAAAGACGAUGUACGAAUUAACCAUGACCAUUAUUCUAUUAUAUAUGUUCCUCACCCUGUGAUAGUGCCGGGAGGCCGAUUCAGAGAGUUUUACUACUGGGACUCUUAUUGGAUAGUCAGAGGACUUCUUCUGUCGGAGAUGUACCAAACUGUAAAGGGGAUGCUGUCCAAUUUUCUAUCAAUAGUUGACACUUACGGGUUUAUUCCUAAUGGAGGUAGGGUUUACUACGCGAUGAGAUCCCAACCUCCUCUUCUCAUCCCUAUGGUAAAAAGUUACGUUGAUGUUACACAUGAUUAUGACUUCCUCAAAGCAAAUAUUCAUAUUCUUGAGAAAGAAUUCCAAUUUUGGCUGAAUAAUCACACCAUUGAAGUGGAAAAAGAUGGGAGAAUGUACACUCUCGCCCGGUACAAAGAUGCUUCACAAGGUCCUAGACCAGAAUCUUACAGGGAAGAUAUUCUAAGUGCAGAAAUUUUCAAAUCAGACGAAGAGAAGGAGAGUUAUUACCGAGAGCUGAAGACGGCAGCUGAAUCCGGCUGGGACUUUAGCAGUAGAUGGUUCAUACUGAAUGGAACCAACAAAGGUAACCUGACAAACCUGAAGACAUCUUACAUCAUUCCUGUUGAUCUCAAUGCCAUUCUGUACUGGGACGCAGUCAUCAUGUCUGAAUUCUACAAGGAGCUUGGAGAUGCCGACAAAUCUAUGAAGUUCUCAACAAUCGCAGCCGAUUGGCUAGAAGCUGUCACACAAGUGCUUUGGCACGAGGAGAUCGGUGUUUGGUUAGAUUAUGACACGUUAAACCAUAUCAAAAGAGACUAUUUUUACCCCACAAACAUUUCACCCCUCUGGACGAUGUGUUACAAUCGGGAGAACACAAGUCAUUAUGUGUCAAAAGUGAUGAAGUAUUUAGAGAAAACACAGAUCAUGGUUAAUCUUGGGGGGAUUCCGACAACGCUAGAGCACACAGGAGAGCAAUGGGACUACCCCAAUGCUUGGCCUCCCCUGCAGUACAUCAUGAUCAUGGGCCUGGAACAGACCGGAGACUCCUGGGCACAAGACCUGGCCUUCGAGAUGACUGAGAAGUGGGUCCGUUCCAACUACAAGGCCUUCAAUGAGACUAAUGGCAUGUAUGAAAAGUACGAUGCAACAGUGCCGGGAGGUCACGGAGGUGGAGGGGAGUACGACGUCCAGGUGGGGUUCGGCUGGACCAACGGAGUGAUCAUGGAGCUGCUAGAGCGCUACGGCAGCAGACUGACAGCUGAGGAGAGGUUCACAGCCAUCAGUGCAGCCAGUAUAGAGGGGCCCGUGGACAGCGGGGCCAAUGUGUUAGGAGGGGUUGUCACUGCACUACUAGCCCUCGUAGCAACUCUAGCAGCAGGAUGUAUAGGGUGAGAUUUUUACUGUUGUAUAUUAAGAGUUUGUAAGAGUGAUCCGGUCGGUAGCUGAGAAGCAGGUCAGAUAUAAAAGUUAUGUUAAGUGGUUUUGUUUGUGUCCAGUUAAUUCAAGUGAGUAGUGAAAUCUCUCUUGUCCCAUCCAAUUUCUUCCUCGGUUUUAGUCCUUCAUAUACUGUAUGUAUAUUGUUAGUUACCACAACUUCUAGUCAAACGAGUUAUUUCUUUAAAAUUUUAUCGCUGAUUCGUUGAUAGUUAUCACUAUUUAUUUGUGGUAUUCAAAUCCUUUUUGGAUAUGAGUACAAACUUUGUUUGGUCAUUAAUCGGGGAAGUAAAAAAUAUUAAAACCUGUAACGAUGCAUAGUAUUGUUAGAAUUCGCUGAAUCAUUGGUUCUAAUACGAAGAGAUUGGAUGGAUGAAUGGAGUUUUUUACUAAAUCGAAUAGCUUAAUCUUCUGUUCUUAUUUAGUAAAAGAAAAUAGUAAGCCUUAUUUCUGUAUCAUGUCAGACCGACCCCAUUGCUACGUAAAUACACCUUUCAUUAAUCUUUUUUGUCAACCUUUGGAAAAUCAAAUAGGGAUUUGUUAAGUUUUGUUUGUAAAAUCUUAUUUUUAAAUUUACAAAUGUUCAAAUAAUGUGUCUACUGUAGUCUAGUCAUGAGACAGAAGUAUGGCUUGGCUUCCUAGCACAGGAGUGCAUUGAAUGAUACUAGUAUGUUGUGUGAUAAGUUGAUAAAGUCUUUCACUCGUUGUAAUGUUUAUGUAUUGUUAGUUAGCUUAUGCUGGCACACUCUUGCUAGUGAUAUUUUACCGUCUGUGAUAGCACUUAACACUGCGGUUCUCUCAUAGCUUCACAUUCCACUUGUAUUUUUUACACCUCCAACUUUUCUAUUUAUUUUUUAGAUACAAUUAUUCCUUGUAUUUUUUCAAAACAGUUACUCAUAAAAGCUAAUUUCAAAUUUAUCCUUCUCGCGAUUUCAUAUUUUAGUAAUUAAUAGAGUUUUAUAGUGAUAAAAAUGUGUUUAUUAAAGUGACUUUGUACACACCUGUACAAAUUUAGUUUUAAAGUUAUAAAUAUGUUAAAUUUUCACUAGUCAAGAAACUAUUCAAAGAUAAUGUAGUUAUUAUUUUGAUACAAAAAAAACAUGUUUCAGCCCUUAUUUACAUUACAUACAUUUCACCCUUUUUAUCUGGGCAAACACAGUUUGUGUGAAGUAUGAAUAUAAACUUUAAGUAUAAAACAAAUAUUUGUACCUGUCAGCAAGAUUUUUUCUAUUUAAAUAAAGGAAUAUUAAUUUUAAUGCAUUUUUACAAAACUAUAUUUGUUUUUAAACUAUCCAAGACUCAGGGUAUUCAUGUUUAUAGGACCCCCACCCCAAAGAAAAUAAUACUCGUUUUCCUUAUCAAAUAGUACUUUCUUUUUGCCUUUCAUUCAAGUGAUCCUCCUGAUUUGUUUUGAUAUCUCACACAUUUAUUUACACUUUACACACACAGAUCUUAGUUUGUUUCAAAGUAGGAGACAUUUUUUAUCAUCCUUCGAUUUUGGUUUAAAAAGUAAGGUUUUAUGAUACAUUUUCAAAAAGUGCAACAUUUAGCAAAGUUGAAUUCCGAAAAUGAUACCCAUCAAAAAGUUCUAAUUAUUGAAUAUUAAUCUUUUAGUACCUAUUAUCAAUAUUUUACUAAACUAUUAUCAAACAUUGGGCUUUAACAUUCUACUUCCUUUGCAAUAGGAAAUUACGGUUCAUGGCUAAUUAUUAUAAGAGUAGCACUUAUUGUCUUCUUCCAAAACAAUUACUUUGCAUGAUCUUUUUAGCUCUUGUAUAUUGAAUUUCACCCAUACUUCAUGCACCGCUUUUCAUAACUGCACUUAACCAAGGCUAUGUAAUAAUAAGUCAAUGACUACUUAAUUCAUUUGAUUUCAAGCACAUUAAAAUUAAGUUAAUUAGCGUAAAACAACUAAAGAAAUCUUUUUGAAUUAAUGCAGGGAUUUUAAGAAGCACAUGUCGCCUUUUUAAAAGCAUGCAUAACUCCCCCCCCCCCCCUACCAUCGCUUUACCAACUGCUCUUAACCAAGGUUGUAAGAAUAUGACCACUUUUCUUCAUUUAAAAAAUGCUAAAUUAUGUUCCUUUUACGUUGUUUAGCAUUGUUUAAAUGAAGAAAAGUGGUCAUGCAUAUGGAAAAGGAGGCAUUUCUCUGUUAUUAUUUAUCCAUUCUUAACAAAUAAGGUAUCAUUGAAAUCUACAUAAAAUUUACUAAAUCUUUUGUCUCUUGCAAUUUUUUUGUGAAGUUUACGGUUUUUGUGAAAUUUGGCAUCAAAUAUUUUAAAGUGCUGCCAUUUUGAAAAGGUUAUUGAUUUUUUAGUGUAAUUUUAAACAAAGAUAAGUCUUAAACAGUUUUGCAAAAUCUCAACCCUGUAUUCCAAACCGUUUAGGAGUUAAUGUUUUUGUAAAUACCGACAGUCGGUAAAUUAGGCACCGCAGACCCAUGUUCCUAUGGUGAAAUGUGUUUGUCUUGACUUAAGCAAUAACGCUACAUACAUGUGUCCAGAGGGUUACGGGACACCCUGUAUAUUAGUUUAUUUUUAUUUGGUUCAAAUAACUCGAUUUCUUCUGAGAUUCCGACUUGAGACUUGCCUAGUUGACUUCACUGCUGGGCGCUUGCAGUUACUGUAGAAUUGUUAACAUUACAUUCUUCAAUUGAACCCAUUACAUUGUGCUGGUCCAACCAUUCAGUGACUUUGAGUGCUUGAUGAUCUGAGGAUUGACUGAUAUAUAUGAUGAUUACAUAAAGAAAGCGUAUCCUGGAAAUCACAAAAUGAUGUAUGACCUUUUCUCAAUCCAUAAAGACCUUAAUUCAUAAUUCAUAAAGGGUGAGAGGGACUUGUCUUGAGUACAAUCAAACACAUAACAUGUGUACCCCUCAUAGCAAGAUCUGAUACCUUACCAAGAAACAAACGGAAGAAAACAGAAUUUAUGCCUAAUGAGGCAUGCUUCUAAUAAGGCGACAUGUGCUUAUUCAAAUUCCUGCAUUAAUUCAAAAAGAUAUUUUUAGUUGUUUUACUCAAUAUUUUGUCAUUCCUAAAAGAACAGUGUCAGACUUAGGUUUAUUUAUUUUGUAAGAAAUUAUGACAAUAUUGCAAUUGAAAAAUAAAUCUAAUAUUGUUUUAUUUAUAUACUAGUUUAAUUGUAUUCAGUUAUUUAUAAUUUAUUAUUUUUAGAUUUGAAUAUUACAUUUUACAAUUUAUGUGGCCCAAUAAUAGCUUUCAUAAAAUAUUUAACUAGUAUGUUAACAUCCAGUUGAUGGAGUGAGAUUUUCAGUGUGUUUUCUGUUUUGUAUGGCAAUUUAAGCGGCAAAGCUUCAACUGAGUACCUGAUGGUAACAUAGUUUAUUUAUCUAGACAUUUUAGUGUGAGUUGGGGUUUGUAGAUGUAUUUGAGCUAGCUAACUGUGUGGACUAGAAGUAGUUUUUGUGGUUUGAUAUCCAUGUGUUCUCUAAAUUUUACUCAGAAACAAAACAAUCCAGAAACAAUUUGAAUGUAAUUCAACCCAGUUUCAAUGUGUUGUUUUCACACUAUUUUAUUGAUAAUAAUUGAACACUAUAAUUCACCACUAUAACUAAGUCAAAUAAACAAAUAUUUGCACUUACAUAUUUAUUGUGUAAUUGCCUUGAUUUUCUAAUCUUACAAUGAUAAAAUUAUGUGUCAAAAUUUAAACUAACUCUUAAACUUGAACAGUUUCGGCAAAGCUUACUAGCAAUCGAUCAACUGUAAAAAGCAAUUCUACUACUCUUAAACAAACAAACCACUAAAAUCAUGUUAAAACUAUGAUUUAAAAGUUUGUUCUAAGUUAACUUCCACUGUAAAUUAAAGUACCCUCAUAUUGGAGGUUGCUUGGUCAGGUUAAAUGUUAAAUCUAGAUUGGGAUGACAAUUGUAUUGCGGAGUGAUUUUAGUUUUUGAUGCUUUCAUCAUGUUUCUGAACCUUAACCUAAUUUAAUAUGCAACAAAAACUGUCAUACUCUGGCAUUUUGUUUUUAUUUAUUAGCUUUACUGUCUUAGCUUUGAAUUAUUCUUAUAAUUUGUUUAGUCAAAGUCAGUAAAAUGUUGUAGUGAUGGAUGAAACAGAAAAUGACAACUAGCUAAGUUUUCCCAAACUGUAUAAUAACUUAAUUUUAAUGAAAUGCCAUAGAUUAGAAGUGUAUACUAGUUUGUAAAAUUGAGUUUUCCAUGUCUAUUGCACUACUUUAAUGCCAAAUUAUGAUGAAGAAUUGAUUUUAUUUCAUACAACGUUGAAUGGUGAGCAAAUUUUCUUUAAAAAAACUCAUAUUACGUCCCAAGCUCUUUUCAAAGUUUUGUAGCAGCUAUUAUAUUUCAAAUUUGAAUAAGUAAUAAUUUGUUGUACCCUACAGGAAACAAACUAAAAAUGUCUAUUUAUAUAUACCAAUAUAAAAAAGCCUAAAUCAACUAAAAACAUUUCAUGUGUUCCUAAACAUGCUUUUUUAUGAACGUGAGUGAUUUAUGAUAAAAAUUUAAAAUAAUAUUGAAAAUCUAAAUAUAGGCUACCUAGGUUCUAAAUAAUUGACUGUUCAAAAUAAAGUUUUUUGAAAGCCUAAAGUUAACUUAAAGGUUUCAAUUGUAUACCAGUAAAGCAUUAAUUACACUUUUUAUUUUUUUGUUAUUCACAGUUUAUUUUAGUGAACAAAAAACUUUAUUAUUAGCUCCUAAGUAUGUGGGUGUUGUGUUGUUAUGCAUGUUACAUAUUCAAAUUAAAUUUGUUAACAUAGAAGAUGACAAAAUGUACUUUGUUAUUUCUUACUAGUUGUCCUGUUCUUUACAAUACAGUAUUUAUUUGAUCUGUUUUUAGUUACGUUUGCUUGCCUGUUGUUGUCGCCCCAUGUUUUGUCAUUCAACACCCAAACCUUGCUAACAUCAAUUAUCAUUAGUUGUGUGUUUUUGUAUUCCAUCUUUUAAAUAUGUAAUAACUGUACAAAAUGGCCAUGAAAAUAUACAAGGAACCCAAUGUUGUGUUGUAGUUUUGAAUUAACCAAUUACUCUUCUAGUAAAAAACGUGUAGACACACUCAACUAUGAGUUUAAAGCAGAGCUAAGACACAGUUGAAAAUACAGAAGGCAGUUCUCAAAGCUGGAAUUUAACAGUUACAUGUACAACAUUCAUAUUACACAUUCAAAAGUAACCAAAAUGGUUAUGUCUAUGUCCUAAACCUUGUUAUGGAAUUACGAGUAACACUUGUAGAGCACAUAAACUUGUAACAAUGUUCGCAGUACUAAUUCUUAUUUCACAUCAAGUUUUUGUCACUGUU